CACACCCUCUGUCCACCUCCAGGCUGAAGGUAACACAUCCCUUUCUGUCUGCUGGGAAGGAACUGGCUGCAACAUGUAGCAACUGCUCUCCUGCCUGGGACUCUGCACACAGGAAUUCUUUUUAUUCCUCCUCUUUGUGAAUCCACUGGAUCCUAAACCUUUCCUACACUAACGAUCGCCUAGAAGUGACGUGAAAUCAACUGCACUUCUUCUGAUGGCACAUGGAUGUUCCCCUCUCUGCCUUGUUUUUUUUCCUACAAACGGAAAUAGAUUUUUUUUUUUAGGGACUGGAUUCCUGAGGUUCUGACUUCUUACAUCACAGGGGAAGUUUGACAUGUUUUUAUCUGUAAUCAGCAAAGUAGGGUUUUUACUUGUUUCCUGUACAUCUUGAUCCUAUUCCAGCUGCAGCCCAACUUUGAAUGUCUUUUGGAUUUUCAGAAACGCAAUCUUUUAAGUUUUCACAUUUGGAUGUUGCAUUAUGUUUACAGAGUGAUGUAGAAAAUGUGAGCAGAACUCUGAAUUAUUGGAAUAUUGGCACAAUUUGGAGUCAGCGUUGAUUCUUCAGGCGGAUCACUGCUGGGCAUUUUGGUCCCGUCUUCAUCAUGGCACUGAAAGCAAGAGCUCUAUACACCUUCCAGAGCGAGAACAAAGAGGAAAUAAACAUCCUGGAGAAUGAAGAGCUACGUCUGCUCAGUGAUGUUUCGCUAGAUGGGUGGCUUCAGGGCACAAAUAGCCAUGGCCAGACUGGGCUUUUUCCAGCAUCAUAUGUUGAAAUCCUUCAUCCGCCCCGUUCUGGAUCUGUACAAGUAGACUGCCCAGCACAGCAUCAAAGCUACCCAGAUAAUACACAUCAUGGAAGCUACGAUGAUGACGAGGAGGAUGAUGAUGACUGGGAUGAAUGGGAUGAUGGACAGUCUGUUGCAGAAGAACCUAGUGGUCCAAAUGGUGUUCCACACAAUCAGCCCCCACGGCCCCAUUACCCAAGAGCUGAAUAUACCCACAGACCACGGCUAGAACGUCAGGACAGUGUGGCAAGUUCGAAGAGGGGAAGUGUUGUGGGGAGGAACUUAAACCGAUUUUCUAGCUUUGUAAGGUCAGGUGUCGAAGCCUUUGUACUUGGUGAUGUUCCCCAGCUGGGCAGAGUGCCUGAAUCUCAUGGUAUUGAAAUGGGACCCAUGGGUCCAGAGUGGCAGGCGGAGCGUAAUCCAUUCAGUUGCUCUGUUGAGGCACCCACCAAGCAAACAAAGUUCAAAGGAAUCAAAAGUUACAUUUCCUACAGGCUUACACCAGGGCACACCAACUCUGCAGUUUACCGAAGAUACAAGCAUUUUGACUGGUUGUACAACCGGCUUCUGCAUAAGUUUACAGUAAUCUCCAUUCCACACUUGCCCGAAAAGCAAGCUACAGGACGCUUUGAGGAGGACUUCAUCCAAAAGCGAAAACGUCGUUUGAUCCUGUGGAUGGAUCAUAUGACCAGUCACCCGGUUCUUUCUCAGUAUGAUGGUUUUCAGCACUUCUUAACCUGUGAAGAUGAGAAGCAAUGGAAAGCGGGCAAACGACGGGCAGAGAAAGAUGAGAUGGUGGGUGCCAGUUUCCUGCUGACUCUGCAGAUACCUACCGAACACCAGGACCUGCAGGAUGUGGAAGACCGCGUGGAUGCCUUCAAGGCCUUCUCAAAAAAGAUGGAUGAGAACGUUAUGCAGUUAACCAGCGUGGUGUCUGAACUGGCACGUAAACACAUGGGUGGCUUUCGUAAGGAGUUUCAGAAACUUGGAAAUGCUCUUCAGGGUCUUAGUUAUUCCUUCCAGCUAGACCCUCCAUAUGGCACAGAACCACUUGUGGGUGCUAUUGCUCAUACAGGGCAAACUUAUGAAAAGGUUGGGGAGAUGUUUGCUGAGCAGCCCAAGAACGAUCAGUUUAGAUUUCUUGAUACCCUGUCUUUGUACCAAGGAUUGCUGUCUAACUUUCCAGACAUCAUCCACCUACAGAAAGGAGCCUUUGCUAAGGUGAAGGACAGCCAGCGAAUGUGCGAUGAAGGGAAAAUGGAGCAGGAAGAAGCAGACGGAAUCCGGAAGAGGUCCCGCAUUGUUGGGUUUUCUUUGCAAGCAGAGAUUAACCAUUUUCACCAGAGGAGGUUGCUAGACUUCAAGCAGACGAUCCAACAUUAUAUAAAGGAACAGAUUCUCUUCUAUCGGAGGGUCAGCCAGGAGCUAGAGAAGACUUUACAGUUGUAUGAAAACAUGUGACACCAUCUCUUGUUUUUCGGAAUUUGUCUUGUCUUUUUUUUUUUUAGCCAACAACUGGUUUGGCAUUGUCCAGCGGAUACAUUCCUGAUAAUGAACGCCAUCUUUUUUAUUACCAUGUACACACACCUGGGUGCCUUUUACAAUGUAUGGGACUGACUAAAAUCGAUGGAAUUUAUAGGAUAUCUUUACGUUUUGAAAGACUAAGAAAAACUUUUAAAAAUGUGAUUUUUAGCAGGUGUUAAUAUUGGUAAAAAUAUAUGUUUGGCAAGUUGCUGCUGUUUAUGUAAAAGAGCAAAAAUAAAUCAAAGCUUUAUCCUA